UCGGUCUCCCGCAUCGUUUAAUUCGUCUUCCUCUCGUCUCCCCACCUUCAAUUCUCUCCAUCUCUCCCCCCUUCACUGAGCAGCAUUCUGUCAAUGGAGGUCUGAGCCAACGCCGUCGAUCGAAAUCCGGCGGUUUUAGCUUCUGCAUUUCGGAGAAAUGGGAGCUGAGAAGCGGUCUCGGGGGUGGUGCGGGUGGUUCCUGGUGGCGGUGGUCCUGGCACUGGUGGCCGGGGCUAUUGUCAUCACCGUCAGGAAGAGAUCCAGCCACGGCGGCGACGAGGCGGAGCCUGCCCCUGGCCCCCCCGGCGCUCCCGACAAGAAGUACUCCGACGCUCUCAAGAUCGCAAUGCAGUUCUUCGACGUUCAGAAAUCUGGUGAGUUGGAGAACAACAAGAUAUCAUGGAGAGGAGACUCGGCUCUUGACGAUGGGAGCGAAGCGAAGUUGGAUCUCUCCAAAGGAAUGUAUGAUGCAGGGGACCAUAUGAAGUUCGGGUUCCCGAUGGCUUUCACCGCCACCGUCCUGUCAUGGGCCAUCCUCGAGUAUGGAGACCAAAUGAAAGUCGUGAAUCAGUUGGAACCUGCACAGGACUCGCUCAAGUGGAUAACUGACUACCUUGUUGCAGCUCAUCCUAAAGAUAAUGUCCUCUACAUUCAGGUCGGUGAUCCCGAUAAGGACCAUAAGUGUUGGGACAGGCCAGAGACCAUGACUGAGAAACGGCCUCUAAUUAUGUUGAAUACAUCAACUAGCGGCACAGAGGUUGCAGCCGAAACUGCAGCAGCUUUAGCGUCAGCUUCUCUCGUUUUCAAGUCGGUUGAUUCCACCUAUUCCAGCACGCUUCUAAAGCAUGCUGAGCAGCUCUUCACUUUUGCUGAUAAGUACAGAGCUUCUUAUAGUGUCAGCAUCCCCCAAGUUCAGACUUACUACAAUUCAACAGGAUAUGGUGAUGAGCUUCUUUGGGCCGCCAGCUGGCUCUACCAUGCAACCGGAGAGCAAUCGUACCUUCAGUAUGUCUCUCAGAAUGGGAAGUCAUUCGCAAAUUUUGGAAGCCCAACCUGGUUCUGUUGGGACAACAAGCUUGCCGGAGCCCAGGUACUCCUUUCCAGAGUGAGCUUUUUUGGUGCUAAGGAUGCAUCAGGUUCAGUAAAGAAUAGCCUUCAAGCGUACCAAAAGACUGCCGAGGCUGUUAUGUGUGGACUUUUCGCGAGUUCUCCUACCGCCACAUCCAGCAGAACAGAAAGUGGUCUUAUAUGGGUCAGUGAAUGGAACUCUCUGCAGCACCCCGUAGCCUCUGCAUUUUUAGCCACGGUAUACAGUGACUACAUGCUGACAUCCAGAACAGCUAAGAUAUCAUGCGAUGGAAAAUCCUAUAAGCCGUCAGAUCUUCGGAAAUUCGCCAAAUCUCAGGCUGAUUAUGUUUUGGGCGAUAACCCAAUGAAAAUGAGCUACCUUGUGGGCUACGGCAACAAAUACCCACAAUUUGUGCACCACAGAGGGGCUUCAAUACCUGCCAAUGCUACAACGGACUGUACCAGUGGCUUCAAGUGGCUUGACUCAGCCAAGCCUAACCCCAAUGUAGCUAUUGGGGGACUGGUUGGCGGGCCCUUCAAGAACGAGUCAUUCAUCGAUUCGAGGAACAACUCUAUGCAGGCUGAGCCAAGCACAUACAACAGCGCCCUCCUUGUGGGCCUGCUCUCGGGCUUAGUCACCACAUCUUCGGUGGUUCAGUCCUUUGCCUGAAAGAAAAAACUCUCAGUACAUAUACCCUUCUAACUAAACAACGUUGUUUGUGCUUUUAUGUAGUUAAAUCAUCGGUUUGUUCGUGUUAGGUUCUUCUAAAUAUAUUAUUUACCUCGGAAGGAAUAUAGAAAUUAGUACUCAAUUCUUAGCAUGCUAGUGAUGAGAGAGUUUUUGAGGACAUUGAUCCUUGUAAGGAAGUUUUCGCACUUUCUGAUUUGCUAGCUUGUUUCCGUCUUUGUCCCUUUGAGGAAAGGCAUUGUGCCAUGUUAUGAUAAACUCUGAGGUUGCUGUGCUACUUCUGAUCAGUUGGUAGCAGCAGCCCUACCUUAUCUUUUAUGAGUUCUAUUGUCGACGAA